AUGCACUCGGAUCCUCUUUUGAGUGCAUGUUGGCAUAAGCAUUUGCCCUUUAAGGUGUCAUUUCUUGCUUGGCAUGUGUUAAGGGGUCGCUUGCCCACUGAUGAUGCCAUGGCUAGGUUUGGGCACCUUAUUGUUUCCAGAUGCUGGUGCUGCAAUAACCCUGUUAGGGAAACUAUUGAUCACAUCUUUUAUGCGGGGGACACUGCUAGGGCUGUAUGGGGAUUUUUUAUGGGAUCACUCGGCUUGCGGUUCAGUCAUCGGGGUCUACGGACGCUCUUGACUGGGUGGAAGCGAGUGGUUUCGCAUAACCGUCUUGUUGCUUUUGUAAUUUGCAGGUUGCCUUAUCUUAUCCUUUGGGAGUUAUGGAAGCACAGGAACACAUGCUUACAUGGCAGAGCGUCGCCCAGUGUAUCUCGAGUGGUGUAUGGCGUUGCCAAAGGGGUGGCAGAAUGUCUCUUUAGGCGAUGGCCGCAGGAACACAUCUUGCCACCAAAUUGGCCGGUCAUUCUGUCUUACAUAGAUUCCACUGCACCGCGACGCGUGGAUCGCGCUGUUAGAUGGGAUCCCCCUCCGGAUGGUUCUAUAAAGCUCAAUUUUGCACAUUCUGAGUCGUUGGGUGGGACUGCUGCCUUGGUACGUAAUCGGGGAGGUGGCUUCUGCUACGGCUUAGCCAUUUCGGCAGUCGACGGGUUUCGGGACUUUUUCCAUGCUAUGCACCGCUCUCUUGAAUGGUGUUUAGCUGAGGGUUUUAGGUCCCUAGUCCUAGAGUCUGUAUUGCCUGAGCUUAAGGGUUAUCUAGACCCCACUACACCUAGUCCAUGGGUCUUUGACUCUGAAGUGUCACGACUCCGGUUUCUUUGUUCCUGUGCGUCUGUUUCUGUUCUCCAGUGUUUGCCACAGGGUAAUCUCCCGGUGGCUGCAUUGGCAGAUUGGGUUGGGGACAAGGAUGGGGAGUUUAUUUUUCGUAAUUUGUCAGACUUACCACCGAGGGUGCGUGCGUUGCUGGUUCAUGAUGAUAUCCCAUCGGUGGUUUUUGAUGAUUACGACCCGCCUUGA